CUACUUACAUAAAGACAAAACAGACUUGGUAUCACCCCAAAAUUAUUACUACAAAUGUAAACUACUUGGUUGAUAUUUUCAAUUUUUAAAUCCUUUAAAAAUGGCUUUGAAAGCUUACGAAGAUGCGUGUAUGAGAGCGGAAUUAUUCGGUCAACCAAAACCAGAACGAGAAGAUUUUUUAUCAAAACAUAAACAUUUGGAUGUAGUUGAGUUUGAGGAAGUUGAUAUAAAGACUACAGAGAAUACGGCGAUGUUAAACGAUGAUUUGAAUUAUGCAAGUGGGGGUCUCGCGGAACUAAACACGAUACUAACGUCUACUCAAACCAAGCUCAAUCGUCUAAAGGGUGUUUGUGGUACUGUUACCAACUUUUUUCGUAUUAAAUUAGCUGCAAAAGACAAUUUAUCUUAUUCAAGUGAGCCGAGUUAUAUUGGGCAGACAAAUUACGACAAAGAUUAUAUACCACCAAAAGGUUCGGAUGUUGGCUUUAUAAAUAAAGGCCUUGGUCCUGACGACAAUGAAAUGACGCCGCAUUCGAAAAAAAUGGAACAAAAUAGAGGUGACAUUAAUUCUGCUCUGGCGGAUUUGGAAGCUAUGCAAACAGUUGAAAAUAGUUCUUUAUUAGGUAAAGCGGCAGAGACUGACUAUCGUAAACAAAUUUCGACACAAAGUAGUAAGUUGGAUAAUUUGAUUUUACAGGCUGAGAGGGCAGAAUCCUCAUUGAAAAGUCAAAAUCGACAAAUGAGGACUUUUUUGCGAUAAAGAGAACAAGGUCAGUUGUCUAUGCCGCCAAUGUAUGCCAAAUUAUAUUAAUUAAUUGUGCAUUGUCAAUUUGAUACGCUUGAAAAUACCAUUAAUAAUUAAUUUAUUUUGUUGGCAAAGUUUAUAGGUAGUGAGAAUUAAUGAAGUAAUUAAAUUACUGACAUUAUUUUGCUAAAUACAUAUUAUUA